CGGUGGUCCCUCCCGCUCAGAGACGAUCUGUGCUCGGCGGUGCUGUCUGACUCCGGGAGGAUGGACGGUGUGUCGCUGGGUCUGGUGGCCACACCGGCCUCACCACGUCCAAACUGUGCCACGGAUUCAGAGGAGGACACGGUGAAUGGAGGGAUGCACACCUUCAACCAGACGCACAUGAGGAAGGCUUUCCAGCUGAUGAACGAGCUGAGGAGUAAAAAGAUGCUGUGUGACGUCCAGCUGGUGGCGGGCAGCGUCGAAGUGCCAGCUCACAGGGUGGUCCUGGCGUCUUGCAGCCCCUACUUCUGUGCCAUGUUCACAGGGGAUAUGAGCGAGAGCAAGGCCCAUCAGGUGGAGAUCAGAGAGGUGGACGGACAGACGCUGAGAAAACUGGUCGACUACAUCUACACGGCAGAGAUAGAGGUCACAGAGGACAACGUCCAGGUUCUGCUGCCAGCAGCCAGUCUCCUCCAGCUGAUGGAUGUUCGUCAGGUUUGUUGUGAGUUCCUGCAGUCUCAGCUUCAUCCCACCAACUGUCUGGGCAUCAGAGCCUUCGCUGACCUGCACACAUGCACACAGCUUCUCAACCAAGCCCACGCAUACGCCGAGCAGCACUUCACUGAGGUGGUGCAGGGAGAAGAGUUCCUGGGCCUUUCUCUGCAGCAGGUGUGCAGCCUCAUCUCCAGUGACAAGCUCACUGUUACCACGGAGGAAAAGGUGUUUGAGGCUAUGAUAGCUUGGAUCAAGCACGAUAAGCCAGCACGUCUAGAGUACAUGCCCAAACUGAUGGAGCACGUCAGACUUCCACUACUCUCCAGGGAUUACCUGGUACAGAUUGUCGAGGAAGAGGCUUUGAUAAAGAACAACAACACCUGUAAAGAUUUUCUAAUAGAAGCAAUGAAGUAUCACCUGCUGCCAGCCGACCAGCGGCACCUCAUUAAGACGGACAGGACCCGACCACGAACUCCUAUCAGCAUCCCCAAAGUGAUGAUUGUGGUGGGCGGUCAGGCUCCCAAGGCGAUCCGCAGUGUGGAGUGUUAUGACUUCCAGGAAGAUCGAUGGUACCAGGUAGCCGACCUGCCUUCAAGACGAUGCCGGGCAGGUGUGGUGUCCAUGGCAGGUCGUGUGUAUGCAGUCGGCGGGUUCAACAGUUCGCUGCGGGAGCGAACAGUGGACGUGUACGAUGGAGUGAGAGACCAGUGGAGUGCGGUGGCGAGCAUGCAGGAGAGACGCAGUACGCUGGGAGCUGCUGUGUUGGGCGAUUUAUUGUACGCUGUGGGGGGCUUUAACGGAAGUAUAGGUUUGUCGACAGUAGAGUCCUACAAUUAUAAAACUAACGAGUGGAUGUAUGUAGCCUCCAUGAACACACGACGAAGCAGCGUGGGUGUCGGGGUGGUCGAUGGUAAGUUGUAUGCAGUAGGAGGCUAUGAUGGAGCAUCCCGUCAGUGCCUCAGUACAGUGGAAGAAUACGACCCUGUCACUGAUCAGUGGUGCUAUGUAGCUGACAUGAGCACACGGCGCAGUGGAGCAGGGGUGGGUGUGCUGGGCGGUCAACUGUAUGCAGCAGGAGGACAUGACGGUCCACUGGUGAGGAAGAGCGUCGAGGUGUACGACCCACAGACCAACACCUGGAGGCUGGUCUGUGACAUGAACAUGUGCCGACGAAACGCAGGUGUCUGUGCCAUUAACGGGCUGCUGUAUGUCAUUGGAGGAGACGACGGCUCCUGUAACCUCUCCUCAGUAGAGUUUUACAACCCGGCCACAGACAAGUGGAGCCUCAUUCCCACAAACAUGAGCAACGGACGCAGCUACGCUGGAGUCGCAGUGAUUGACAAGCCAUUAUGACGAGGGCCCUCGCACUGCGGAAGCUGCUCGCACAGAGACUCGCACUGACGUCUGAAGCUCACCAUGCAAACGGAGAAGAGACGCCUAAAACGCAGUCCAAAUGGACGGGACGCCCUCAGUCCACAGCUGACUUAAUAACCAAGGAUGCGUUUUUUAAAGAGUUUUUUGGCGCUAAACCGCGGCCAGACUUUUUUUGUUGCUUCAAGCCAGUUUCCAUUAGUGAGAUCCUGACUUUGAAGGACGUUGUUGCACUGGAUAAGAAACAGUAGCCACAGGAUGGUGGGCUUAUAAGAACUUUGUCUUGGUGAGUUUUCAAAUGCCAAGCACAUAACAAGUGGCUGUAUCAGCUGACAGAAGACUAACUCAGACGCUGGACUUUAGUGCUUUAGAUGCUCUGUGGCGUUCAUGUGAUGGACCGUAUCAAACCUGGGAACCUGAAUACUGAUGAGGUUUUACCUGGGCACGCCAUUGGAGCCUUUCUUUUUUUUUUAAUUAUGAGAUUUUCCGCAGUUUCCUAAAACAUAAAUCAGCUCAUGGCAACUGUUUGCUCGGCUUGAUUUUAAAGAAAUGAACCCAGUUUGAUUCCCGUGCCGAGCGUCAGCAGGUCCAACUGUUGAACUACAUGGAAGAUAAUAUAAAGAAUGUAGAAAAACAUCUUAUAUGCAAAUCAGCCGUCAUAUUUAAUAUUUUUGAGAUUGUUUUUAAAGAGCUAGAGAACCACUGCUGUGGCUUUAGACCCAGGCUGGUUGAUCCCAUUCGACGCAGUAGGACUUGAUUCUGUUGUCGACACACUACUGAUGCACUGAUCACUUGCACUGACUGAUACAGACCGGCAGGCUGGCUGUUUGACUCACUGAUUGGCUGGCCCAGACGUCGGCCCGUCUCACUGACCUGCUGUCAGACAGACGGCUGCUCAGCUGUCUGUCUCCGUUACUGACCGUACUCAUUGGAGCAUUUAAACGCACCACUCAAAGGCCAAUAAUUUCAUCCGAAAUUGUAAGAAAAGAGAGAAAAAAGUGCCAGUUAGGACAAACAGAUUCACGUGGUGUUUUUUUUUUUAAUCUCUGAAAUGAUGAAUUGUUUGUGUUCAUUGUCUAAGGGAGUGUGUCAAAAUGCACUGUAGACAUUCAGCUGCACAGUUCUAAUGUAAAAGAUGCAAGUUUAAGAUUUUCUAUUUAUUGUUUUGGGACAAUUGAUCCCACAGCAUUUAUUCAUAACAAAGUGAGGUUCUCAUUUCAUUUUCUCAGCCUCGUGUUACACUUGUGCUCUACGCAUAUUCAUCCAGAUGAUAGUGGGUAUAUUUUAGGUGUAGUUAUUUAGUGGACUGACUGGUGCCAUAGCUUUGAAGAAAAAGAGAUUAAUAGAAGCUGUUUUUAUGAAAGGUGUCCUCAGCCAGCCUUUCACUGCUGCCUGCACUCUUCCAAAAAUCCUGGAGUUAACUGGACGCGUUCGGCUGUGAUGACAAAUAAGUAUAUAAAACGCCUAAAAAAAAAAAAAACCAUACUGUUGUUUUUGUAUGUUCAGUCAAUUUACAAGUCAUGUGUUCUACAUUAGUCCCAACCGUGUUAAUACAAACCUUAUUAAUACAAACCAUUCAGUUAGAUUGAUUAGUGUCUUCCAGGAAGUUCACUUCAGAUUACUGUAUGAAACUCACUCGAGAUGCUGUAAGUGAUCACUGUGAAUAGUCCAGUUCUUUAAGGGACUCUCCAGGGUUGGACUCAUGUUGCUGCCACAGACAGGACUGUUGGGGGCGGCAGUGCUGAGGUCUGGAGCACACAGUUACAUGCAAUGUAAUGCAACAUCAGCGUGUGCACCACUCCAGAUCCUAGUUUACAUUAGUUUACAUUGUUUGCUAGUUAUCUUGGCGCAGUGAUGCAGGUAAAUGGUGUGGAUUGUACGGUGUGUUCAUGUGUCUGGGGGCAGGAAGUGCAUUAUAGGCACAUUUAGAGGUCCACUGCAGCACACUGUUGCAGCAUGCACCAGUUAUGUCAAUCAAGAGGUAAACAGUCAUAUUAGCAGUUUCUUCUUCUCUGCAUUAAUUCAUUCUCUAUUUCCUACAUUAUAGACACUCAGUAGUUCGUACACUAUAAGAUUAUUCUAUGUUAUCACUGAUGAAGAUGAUGUCGUGUCAAAGGAGAAAUAUGGGAUUUUUAAUUACGGUUUACACCAUGAACACUACUUUUUUGUUCUGUUUUCCUUCCAUUGUGGGGAUGUUUUAGGGAGUGUGUGUGGAGCAUAAAUUGCACUUGAACAACUGGAAGUUAUGUAAAUACACUUGGCAGCAGAUAGGGGGUGAUUGGAAGCACAGCUUUGGGUGUUAGAGCCUCCCAUCAGCAUCUGAACGUACCAGAGGGAACAAUCUAUACUUUCUUCACUGCAUUACUGCUAUAAAUUACAACUGCUCUGUUCACUGGCAUGAGUCAUCUGAAGCAAAUCAAGUUUCUGUUAGUUUAACUUAAUAUAGUUUCUUAAUAAAAUGGAAACCAGUGGCCGCCUGGAAUGUAGGGAAAAUGUGUUAAUCAAUAACAGUAAGUUAUAACUGUAUGCAAUUCAAUGUAGAUCGGCUAAAACAUAAAAAAACACCAGUAUGGUUGAAGUUCAGUUCAUGUGUGACCUUGUAGAAAAACAGAAUUUCACCACAAGGUCCAUUUAGUAGCUGUUCUGGAGCUUUUGACCGUGUCACAUGGCCUUCAUUAGCAGACUGAGUUUGCUGAAUUAUCGUGGAGUCGUUGAUGUUCAGCAUCCGCUAUCCUGAGCACCUUCGGGACUUCUCCACCGCAUUAAAAGUAAACUCAACCUAAACCUCAGCUGGUGAGCCCCAGAAGAGCUGCUAAAUGCACCUCGAAGUGAGUUGUUGAGGAGGUGUGCUCCUCGCAGUUUUCAGACGAGUAAAGUUCUUACUAAGCGCAGAUGUUAUAUUUUUAAUAUCAUAAACUGUGGGUGUCGUAAACUAAACGGUUGAUAUUGUGAGUUCAUUGACUGACGUGUGUUCGGGGGAUCUGUGAAGGUUGAAGUUUGUGCACUGUACUUACAGAUGAUUUGUAAACCUUCAUACUUGAAAUAAUGAACAAA